AUGGGCGUUCUCUUCUCGAAAAUAUGGAGCUAUUUUCGUCCUGAGGGCACAAAACUAGUUAUUGUGGGCCUUGACAACGCGGGAAAAUCGACUAUACUGUACCAGUUUGUGCUAAACGAGGCCGUGCAGACCUCGCCGACCAUUGGCAGCAACGUUGAAGAAUUCAAGUGGAAAAAUUUGCACCUAGUUAUGUGGGAUCUGGGCGGCCAGGAAUCCCUGCGACCAACGUGGAGCACGUACUAUGCCGGGUCUGAGUUUGUCAUUCUAGUGAUUGACAGCACUGACCGUGAUCGGCUGCCAAUUUCAAAGUCUGAACUCUACAACAUACUGGCUUCAGAGGACCUGCGAAAGGCCAAGAUAUUAAUUUUUGCCAACAAACAGGACGUGAUCGGCUGCAUGUCGGUGGCUGAGGUUGGCCACAAGCUGAAUUUGACAUCCAUAAAGGACCACCCAUGGCAUAUACAAGCGUGCUGUGCCCUCACUGGCGAAGGGUAA